CCCAGGCAGUCUCUUUCCUAAAACCCGCCGCUCCUUGCUCGCUUUGCGAGUCGCGGCAGACGGGCGGGCGGGCGGACAGACGCACAGACCGACGUCCACGCUCGGCCAGCUUGGAGGGGACCUGCUCUGUUCUAUGACUACAAAGAUGGAAACUACUUUCUACGACGAUGCCCUCAACGCCUUCGUGCAGCCCGAGAGCGGCGGCUACGGCUACAGCCAUGCCAAGGUGCUCAAGCAGAGUCUCACCCUGAACUUGGCCGACCCGGUGAGCAGCCUCAAGCCCCACCUGCGCAACAAGAACCCAGACCUGCUCACCUCGCCCGACGUGGGGCUGCUCAAGCUCGCCUCCCCGGAGCUCGAGCGCCUCAUCAUCCAGUCCAGCAACGGGCUCAUCACCACCACGCCCACGCCCACGCAGUUCCUGUGCCCGAAAAACGUGACGGACGAGCAGGAGGGUUUCGCGGAGGGCUUCGUGCGCGCCCUGGCCGAGCUGCACAGCCAGAACACUCUCCCGGGCGUCCCCUCUGCGGCCGCCGCGCAGCCCGGGAACGCGUCGGUGGCCGCGGGCAUGGUGGCUCCCCCCGUGGCCGCCCUAGCUGGCAGCGGCGGCGGCGCCGCCGGGGGCUUCGGCAGCCUGCACAGCGAGCCCCCGGUCUACGCGAACUUGAGUAACUUCACCCCCAGCUCGGCGCUGGGCAGCGCGCCCGCUUACAGCGGUGCCAGCGGGGGGGCCGGGGCCGGUGGCAGCAGCCUGGGCUUCCCUCCGCAGCCUACGGCCCCGCAGCAGCAGGCGCAGCAGGCUACCCCGCAGCCUCCCCUGGGCCCGCAGCUCCCGGGCGUGCAGCACCCCCGGCUGCAGGCGCUCAAGGAGGAGCCGCAGACGGUGCCCGAGAUGCCCGGCGAGACCCCGCCGCUGUCCCCCAUCGACAUGGAGUCCCAGGAGCGCAUCAAGGCCGAGAGGAAGCGAAUGAGGAACCGCAUCGCCGCGUCCAAGUGCCGGAAAAGGAAACUCGAGCGCAUCGCCCGACUGGAGGAGAAGGUGAAAACUUUGAAAGCCCAGAACUCGGAGCUCGCGUCCACGGCCAACAUGCUCAGGGAACAGGUGGCCCAGCUGAAGCAGAAAGUCAUGAACCACGUGAACAGCGGCUGCCAGCUCAUGCUAACGCAACAGUUGCAAACGUUCUGAGCGGCCCUGGGAGACGAGAGACAGACUCGGUUGGCCCGACGCGUUGGUUGCAUUUGGAAGAGAGACAGAGACAGAGACAGGCACAGCAAAGUGUCGGAGAGACGAUAGAUCAAGCUGCCCCGUGUUGAGCCCCGGCCUGGGCCGCCCCCUCCCCGCCCCUCCACGCACAUGUCGGGGCAGGACUGGCCAAGCCUUCGGCCUCGAGCUAGUCCGGAGCGGCCAAGCCCCCCAACAGUACCACUUGGCAGAAAGGGAUGGCCCCACCCCACCCCCUCCCUGCCGGACCUGGAGGGCAGAACCUGUCAGCUCCGUGUUUAACGUUGACCAAGAACUGCAUGGACCUCUAACAUUCGAUGAUCACUCAGUAUUAAAAGGUUUAAAAAAGAAAAAAUAGAAAAAAAAAAAAAACUUCAAUAGAGACUGUAGUUUGCUUCUGUAGUACUCUUUAAAAAAGUGGGGGGGAGGGGCGGGAGGGAGGUUUCUUAAGAGGAAAAAAAGGGGGGGGGUGGAAGGGCAAAGAAUACCAUGGACUCCACUUGCCUGUCUUUCAGUUAACUGUGUAUGUAUAUAUCUAUUUUUUUUAUUUUAUGAAAGCUGAUUAAUGUCAAUAAACAGCUUCAUGCCUUUGUAAGUUAUUUUAUGUUUUGUCUUGUUCCGUUUGGGCCCUACCAAGCAUUGUUUGUAAAUAAGAGAUUUGGAACACUCUGGGUAUAUUUACCCUUUGUAAUAAAGUAUAUAAUUUUUUUAUGCUUUUUGUUUCUGAAAAUUCCAGAAAGGAUUUAUUAUAUUUAAGAAAAUACAAUAAAAUGGUAAACUGUUCUACCCCCCCACCCCACCUUUUAUGCAUUGUACAGUUUUAGUAGUCCUAGGGGUGGGGGUGGGGCAGAAGCUGGGCUUUAGGACUGGAGGGCUUCCUUAAAUUUCCCUCUUUGCAAAAGCGCUACCUGCUUUGAGGAAGUGGGGGGCCAACCAGCCACUCCUUUGCUGUGGAAAGACACGUGCCUGAUGAGUAUACUACCACCAAAGUGUUUUCUCUUUAUUAUUCCUCCCCUCCCCCUCCCCAAGAAUCCCCACAUGAUUGUUUAUGAAACUGACAGCUCCGAGCUUUCAAGGAUGCAGCCUUGAAGUGUAGGAUUGUAUCCAAAGCCAUGUGCAGUUACAGCUCCUAAUGUGAUUGGCUCUUGGACAAAAGCUGCUCCUCUCCAAACCGGUCCUAGACCCGGGAAGGUACAGGAUUUACUCCAACUGGUGUCUCCUUUUUGUCGAACAAUCCCUAGGUAAAAAACAAGGUGAUCUUUGCUUAUGCAUAUUUAUGACAAUGCUGUUGUCACAAUAAAGUCAUUCACUAACCCUUUA